CUCCACUCCCACCUUAUUCAAGCAAUCACGGCUCUGAAGGACAGCAUCGGCUGGAGAUACAGUCUCCUCUUCGUGGGCCUGCUGCAGCUGAACAUCAUUGUCUGUGGGGCGCUGCUAAGACCAAUUAUUAUCAGGGGACCAGGGUCCCCGAAAGCAACCGCCCACGAGAAUCGGAAAGAAGUGCAAUAUAUGCUCGAAAAUGAGAAAACACGCACCUCAAUAGACUCCAUUGACUCAGGAGUAGAACUAACUACCUCACCGAAAAAUGUGCCUAGUCACGCCAACACAGAACUGGGGCCGAAGGCCGACAUGCAGCAGAUCCUGGUGAAGACCAGCUCCAAGCCCAGCGAUAAGAAAGCCCCUUUAUUGGACUUCUCAAUCUUGAAAGACAGAAGUUUUAUCUGUUACGCAUUAUUUGGUCUUUUUGCAACACUGGGGUUCUUUGCACCUUCCCUGUACAUCAUUCCCUUGGGCAUCAGUCUAGGCAUUGAGCAGGAGCGAGCUGCUUUUCUGUUAUCCACAAUGGCCAUUGCUGAAGUUUUUGGAAGGAUUGGAGCUGGUUGUGUCCUCAACAGAGAGCCCAUUCGCAAGAUCUACAUCGAACUCAUCUGCGUCAUCUUACUGAUGGUGUCUCUGUUUGCCUUCACUUUCGCGACCGAAUUCUGGGGUCUCAUGUCAUGUAGCAUCUUUUUUGGUUUCAUGGUUGGAACAGUAGGGGGUACCCACAUUCCGCUGCUCGCCGAAGACGAUGUCGUGGGAAUCGAGAAGAUGUCUUCUGCUGCUGGUGUGUAUGUCUUCAUUCAGAGUAUAGCAGGACUGGCCGGACCACCCCUUGCAGGUCUGCUGGUGGAUCAGAGUAAGGUUUACAGCCGCGCCUUCUAUUCCUGCGCGGCCGGCAUGUCCAUGGCCGCCGUGUGCCUCGCGCUCGUGAGACCGUGUAAACAGGGACUGAGCCAGUGUCAUCCUGCGGGCCAAGGACAGGCGGAGAGUCCUCGCGGGAAAGCUCCACGGGACAUCCCCGAAGACUUUCUCGAAAUGGACCUUGGGAAAAAUGAGCAUAAAGUCCACGUGAAAAUGGAGCCAGUAUGACAGGCUCCCCAGGAAGGGCCACCACC